AUGGUUCAGGAUGAGCAGUUAAAGGUUGACAAUGCUUUUGAUUUGGAUGAGGAGUUGGAAGUGCCUGAUUGGGGGCUUGAAGGGUUGCAUGGUUUGGAGGUGGUACUAGGGAUGAUGGGGUAUGGUCAUAUGUGUACAAUUGAGCUGCUUUUUUAUGUGCCUAAUUGGAUGAUAGAUUUGUUGGUUGAGGGUUUCUUAAGUGUGGAUCAGCUUUAUAAUUCUCGGUUAGCAUUACAUGUGGUUGAUAAGCCAUGGGUAGAAGAAGAUGAAUCUGAGAUUGAUGAAGAAGAUGUAUCUGAGGUUGAUGAAGAAGAUGAAUAUGAGGUUGAUGUUGCUGUUGCAGGUUUGGACGAGGGGUUCGAGUCCGACAGGUGGUCUGUUGAGGCUAAUGUGGGGUCUGACAAAGAUUUUGAUUUGGAUGAGCAGUUGGGGGCUGACAAUGCUUUUGAGGUUGGUAGGAGGAAGCUCAUCCAUCUAAGUUGGGCCACAGCAACACUUGAAUGUUUUGAAGUCUCAUCGUCAUUCCCACACUUGCCGAGCAUGUGGAAAUCAUCAUGGGUUGAUUCGAAAGUACGGCUUGAUGUUCUGCCGGCAGUGCUUACGCAACAACACCAAGGAGAUUGGCUUUGUCAAGUAACGUUGAAGGCAGGAGACGAAAGAAGAGCUUUCAUUGAAGCCAAACAAAGAGAGCAAUGCCUCAGGGUGGAGGAGACAGCUGCAAAGUUUCGUUCUACUAGAAUUACACCAAAGAAAUUGCUACUUGGGUGCUUCAUCAGCCAGCAUUCUGCAGUUAUGUAA